AUUAUCCCUGGUGGAUGGUUUUCUGUAGUAAUUCAUUUAUGUUUUUUGUAACAGAUUCUGAGGUUGGGACUAAGAAGGAACUGUCAGUUCUAAGCCAGCGAUGCUCUGAAGAAGUAAAAAACCCAGAAUUUAUAUCAAGAAGAUUCUCCAGGGCUAAUUCAUGCGCCAGAAAGAAACCUUACAAGUGUAAUGAGUGCGGGAAAGGCUUCAGCCAGAGCCCCCAGCUGACUCAGCAUCAGAGGAUCCACACAGGCGAGAAGCCGCAUGAGUGCAGUCACUGUGGGAAGGCCUUCAGCCGAAGCUCCAGCCUCAUUCAGCAUCAGAGGAUCCACACGGGUGAGAAGCCCCAUAAAUGCAGUCAGUGUGGGAAGGCCUUCAGCCAGAGCUCCAGCCUUUUCCUCCAUCACAGGGUGCACACUGGAGAGAAGCCCUAUGUGUGCAGGGAGUGCGGCAGGGCCUUCGGCUUCAACUCCCACCUCACUGAGCACGUGAGGAUCCACACUGGAGAGAAGCCCUAUGUGUGCACUGAGUGUGGCAGGGCCUUCAGUCGGAGCUCCACUCUCGUUCAGCACCGAAGGGUGCACACUGGGGAGAAGCCCUACCAGUGCGCUGAGUGUGGCAAAGCCUUCAGCCAGAGCUCCCAGCUCACCUUGCACCAGCGCAUCCACACUGGAGAGAAACCCUACAGCUGUGGUGACUGUGGGAAGGCCUUCAGCCGGAGGUCCACCCUCACGCAGCAUCAGAGGGUUCACAGAGGGACCCCACGCAAGUGCAGGCAGUGUGGGCCCACCUGCGCUCAUGGCUCCAGCCCUGCCCCUCAGAGACUAGUUCCUGCUGGGGGCCGGUGUGGCAGAGCUGUCAACCAUGGGGCAAGCCUUGUUCUGCACUGGACAAUUCACACCAGCAAGGAACACUUUGGCAAUAAUGAGCUUGGAAAAACCUUCAGUUCCACCCCAGCACCCACUGGAGAUGAAAAACUCCACUCUGGGAAGAAACCCUGUACACGUCCAGAGUGUGGACCCGGCCUCAGUGCGGCCUCAGCGCUGACCCAGUGUCAGCAGAUUCACCUUGGAGAAAAAGCCCCUUCAGACGAUGGAUCUGAAAGAUACUUUAUUCACAUCAGAAAGAUUUUCCAAGAAAGACAUUUUUAAUGUGAGAAGUGUGGGAAAUGACUUUGCAUUUCGUUCAUUUUAUGUUGGGUGGGAUGAGAGAAUCCGAGUUUGUUUCAGGAAAUCCCUGUUUGUGAGAACUGGCUGCCGGCGGCAGACAAGUCGAGCGCUACAGAGCUCCGUUUAUUAGGGACCUUGGCAGAAACAGGAGGAGAGGCGGGAGGAGACGCUUCGUAUGUCAGCCAGACAGAGGUCAUCGCUGGCCAGCUGGGGUGCUCCUUUAUUUCAGGCAACAGUUACCAGGUGAUCCAGGGUCAGUGCCUGGCACAGGACGCUUAGUGGACUCUUAAUGAUGUGGUUUUUGCCACAGGAUUCUGAGAGAGUGCCAGGGUUACCCCGCGGGCACCAUGGCCUGAGUCACAUGACACUAGAUCCCUGAAAAGUUGAAUGAGGAGUCUGAGUGCAGCUUGGAUACAGCUGAUGCCGUUAAACUUGGGAGUGAGCAUGCGACAAAGGCCACAUGAGUUCCCUCCCAGGUGCUGCGUCCCAGUUGCCUGGAUGAACAGCGGGCAUGGAAGGUCCACCCAGGUCAGGCUGCCACCUGACCUCUCCCCUUCUAUGCCCAGGCCUGUAGCUGUCCCACAUCUGUUUCCAGGGUGGCGCUGAGGACCUGGGCCCUUUGGGCAGCUUCGGGGCUUUUUCUCCUCCCUCGAGAUGGGCUGGGUCACCGCCCCAGAGCAGCCACACGGGGGAGCCCUCCCUCACUUGGAGCCCUGAGUCUUGCACCUGUGAAGUGAAAGUUGGUUUGGUCUGAGGAUCUCUGCAGUCCACAGAGGAGGGAAUUUCGGGCCAGUAGAGCAGGCACUGCUGUGUCGCUGCACUUCUGAGUAUUUUCAGUUACUGGUAAGAGAUUUUCAAAUUUUCAAUUUAUGUCUUUAUGUGAAGGCAGAGAUCUCCCACGUGCUGGUUCAUUCUCCAACUGCUCACGAUAGCCUGGGCUGGGCCAGGCUGAAGCCAGGACCCAGAACGCAAUCC